AUGCGAGACUCCCGGGGUCCCGUGGCGGUGAUAAGUGGCGAGGAAGACUCGGCCAGCCCCCUGCACCACGUCAACCACGGCAUCAUCAGCCCCUGCACGCUGGACGCCAGCGCCGACGCCGUGGUCAUCGGCAUGACCCGCAUCCCCGUCAUAGAGAACCCCCAGUACUUCAGGCACGGGCACAGCUGCAACAAGCCCGCCACCUAUGUGCAGCACAUUAAGCGGCGUGACAUCAUCCUGAAGAGGGAGCUUGGCGAGGGGGCCUUCGGCAAGGUCUUUCUGGCAGAGUGUUAUAACCUGAGCCCCACUAAAGACAAAAUGCUGGUGGCCGUCAAGACCCUGAAGGACCCCACCCUGGCGGCCAGGAAGGACUUCCAGCGGGAGGCCGAGCUGCUCACCAACCUGCAGCACGAGCACAUCGUCAAGUUCUACGGCGUGUGUGUGGACGGGGACCCCCUCAUCAUGGUGUUCGAGUACAUGAAGCACGGCGACCUGAACAAGUUCCUCAGAGCCCAUGGGCCGGAUGCCCUUAUCCUGGUUGAUGGACAGCCCCUGCAGACCAAUGGGGAGCUGGGCCUGUCCCAGAUGCUGCACAUUGCCAGCCAGAUUGCCGCUGGGAUGAUCUACCUGGCCUCCCAGCACUUUGUGCACCGCGACCUAGCAACCAGGAACUGUCUGGUGGGCAACGGACUUCUGGUGAAGAUCGGAGACUUUGGGAUGUCCAGGGAUAUCUACAGCACAGACUAUUAUCGGGUGGGAGGACACACCAUGUUGCCCAUUCGCUGGAUGCCCCCGGAGAGCAUCAUGUACAGGAAGUUCACCACUGAGAGCGACGUGUGGAGCUUCGGAGUCAUUCUGUGGGAGAUCUUCACCUACGGCAAACAGCCCUGGUUCCAGCUGGCCAACAACGAGGUGAUCGAGUGCAUCACCCAGGGAAGGGUUCUGGAGCGCCCCAGGGUUUGUCCCAAGGAGAUCUACGACAUGAUGCUGGGCUGCUGGCAGAGGGAGCCCCAACAGCGGCUAAACAUUAAGGAUAUCCAGAAGAUGCUCUUCACCAUGAUGAAGGCGGCGCCUGUCUAUCUGGAUAUACUAGGGUAAACAUACGGGAAGGCAGAGGGGAAAAGGGGGCAGGUCUCAGAUCGGACUACACUGGAUUGGAACGAGUAACGGAGGAUAUUGGAUGGGAGUGGAGUGGGAGUCGAACCAGAGUCGCAUCUCCUGCUGUACAAGUAGAAGCUGACUUUUGACCGAGCACGAGGUCAAAUCUUAGACGAGGCUGACUUGACAGCGGUACAACUCUUUAAAGGAAUUGAAUUGAAUUUGCCACCAUACUGGAAUAAAUGACAUUGGAUUAUAUAGUUUUGUGGUUCCUCGUGAGUUCCAAUGCCCUCCGUCACACUCUUUGGUCCCACGUCUUCGCACACAUGACAUGAUUGGAGUCAAACUGAAGCGGAUUCCUUCCCACUGUCAGCAUCCAAACUGUCAGCAACCCUGUGCAGGCCCUUAGCAUUUAAUACCUUAGUUUUGUUCAUUUAGAGCAACAGUAGCAGCAGAGUAGUCUAUAUCUAUAUAUAUAUAUAUAUAUCUAUAUCUAAAUAUCUAUAUAGAUAUAUAGAUAUAGAUAUAUAUAUUCAGUCUUCAAACCUGCCUAGUCUAUUCUGGGAAAGACCUCAGACUAUGUUAUAGCCCCCAUUAUUUUCUGCAACAACAGCUUAAACGCUCCACUUUAAUUAAACAACAACAAAGUCCUAAGCGGAGACAGACGCUGUCUAGAAAGCAGUCUCUCCAUCACUGAAUCCAGGGCCUGCACACUUCAGGAACACAACCCACCUCAUCUCCUGAAAGUUUAAAGGAGGCUAUCAGUUGAAUGCAAGAUUUAAACAUGGCCACCAAUGAUAAAAAUAACUUUUAUUUCCUACCUUGUCUGGCCUCCCUAAAAGCUAUCCCGUUCUAAGAUUCAACUUAUCAAGCGUAAUCACAAAAUAUGGCCUUAUGAAAAAGUGAAGGUGGUAAUGUACUAGCCUAGCACAUUACCAGCAAUGUAACACGACCCAGGAAGUUAGGGAAUGGAUAUAUUUUUCAAAUCAUCGUGAGAAUUGGUUGGCCAUUAGAUCCAACCUGGUCUCAAUUCUAUUUCCCAAAAGGCCAACGGUCAACUUUUCAUAAGAUUUCUUCAGAAUUGGAAGGCAUAAUGCGGGCUAUUGGGUUAAAUCUUUUUUUAUUGUGGCUUAUUUAAACCGCUGCAUUCUGGAGCUCAGUUAGAAACCAUCAAUGCAUGGCUAAUAUAACAUGUUCCCAUGGCCUGCACUCGGACCAGGCAACAUCCAUUGCACAAACUUCAAGGAAGCAGAAGAAGAAACAAAGUGAACUUUUGACUCAAAGCCGUCAUCUCACCAAUCACUGUGUUUCAUCAAAAUUAGCCCCGUGUCCAAGUGCACUCUUUACUGUCCUCUCGAGCCGAACUCCUACCUAAACCUUGGUUCUUAAGAGCAGGUCGUAAUGUUAGCCUUUCUGAGUUGCCCAUAUCAACAGGUACUUUUCCCGGAACCCUCCAAUCGUGAGAUUAGAAGCGUGGUCUGACUGACUGUCGCCAUUUUGAGAUGGACCCAAGUGCCUCCUACUUCUUUCUAAACGUGGAAAACAAAAGACAUAAAAAAAAACAUUCUUUCAAAUAAAAGCACUUUUGCAUUUUGUUUACCUGCUAAGACAUGUACAUUAGCUGUAAAUCUCUGUUUACAGCUCUCUGUCUGUCAUGACCUACAUUCAACAACCUACUUUCAGCACUCUGUCAACCAAAAAAUAUAAAAGUGAAAAAUAAUAAAAACAUGAAUAAACAAAGAAAAAAAUGAUGCAUAAAAAAGAUAAAAACAAAUGUCCCAGAAAAAAAGAAAAGAAAAACUGAUUUCUUUCGUAACCCUUGCAGAGCUUGGCAAGAAGAUCAAUCUACCCAAGAAAAACUACUUCACUUUCUUUUUAUAAAUAUAUAUUCUAUAUAUUUUUAAUUUAUUUUUUAUUUUCAAUCAAAGUGUGGACCUCUGCCAUGAUCCAAAGCCAUGGAACAUUCUGCCACUGGGCAGAAAAGAACCAGACGAGAUACAAUACUGGUCACCAUUGGAAAUUACACAACAGUUUGAAGGACGCCACCCUCCAUUAUAUGUAUCCGAUGGGCAGAACAUCCAUAAGGCAACAGAAACUCUGAACUCUAUGGAGACAAAAGAGGCAUCAGUCGAAGAUCAAAAAAACACUUGCUACUCUGAAAUGAAUGUAUAUAAUGUAAAUGUAUGUGUCUUAAGAUAUGUUAAAUUAUUUAAUUUCUCCGGUUUAGAUUAUUUUAGGAUUCUUGUUGUGUUGUUAUAUGGUUAAGUAAAAAAGAAACAAAAAACAAUAGAUAUUUUAUUAUUGUUUUCCUUUUAACUUGUAAUUAUUGUAUUAUUUAGAAACUAUGGUUAUACUGUGUCUGAUACCAUUUUAACAAAAAUAAUCGACAUUCAAAUCAGCUAUAUUUACAUUUAUUUUUCAUUCAGAUAAUGACGUGAUGACAAUGGAUAAGUCAGGUGAAAGGAGGAAACUGCAAAGUGACAGAGCUUCUCAGUUUCUAUCAAAACUGCUCAGAGUAAAGAUAGUGUUCCAGGAUCAUACAUUGUUCCAUCUUUUUUAACUUUCACUAAUUUCAUGUGCCUGCACUCGUUUCCCAUUUGUUUCUUAUACAAACACACAGUGACAUUGUCAAAUGACAAUGUACCAGCCCUUGCUGUACUACCAAGGCAUUUAUAGAAAAAAAUCCUAGUCCUUUCUGCUUCAGUUGGCCACCUGUCUCGAGAUGCUGGUUUCAUGCUAAUGUUGCAGAAUCAAAGUCAAAGUCAAAUCAAAGUGUCGGAAUGGGAGGGAUAACCCUGGAUAUGAUCCUGAUGUGUUGCCUGGUGCAAGACGUGAUUAUUUAUAUUGUUGUGAACGAAACCCCACAUGUACACAGUCACCCUUAGUCCUCCUCUACUGCAGCGGUACAAUGCUAUCAACACUUCAGAUUGAUGGUAUCAUUGUGGUUCUUCAUUUAUGGUGUCCUGGGUUUGAAUCCUGCCAGUUAGGGACAUUAUAUGUAACGUUCGGGAGCCUGCCACCAGAAAAGGCAAUGCUUUAUAUUUGAUUUACAUCCAACCAUGUUUACCACUUCAAAGCUAUAGCUCUUUAAACCAAAAGCCUUAGAACAAUUAGCAAAAUAUUGACUCAUUUGCUCCUUGCUUGAAUUGUUUUACAACAGCUCAACAAAAAUGGCAUUCUGCUCUUACCUUAACAAAAAAUCCAAUACAUGGAUGCGUAAACUUCUAAAGCAAAAACACCAGCCACAGCCACAUUUACAAGUGGCAUGUGUUUUGUGUUCAGAUAGUACAGCCACACCCUCAAUUCAGCGUGGCCCCAGUACACCAGAUUAAACCCGAUUCUGCUGGCCUAUAGGGUUUGAUUUUCAAUGAGUAAAUGUAAUUAUUUGGUGCUGUGCAAUACACAACACGGAAACCCAGGACACGUGUCAUUGCUAGAUCGCAGGGAUCCUUUUUUUAGUUCAAUUGUAUGCGAAACCUCAUCUUAUUGUUUACAUCAGAGGAAACAGCGACAAAUUGAAAGCUAGAAUGUAAUUUGAUUCUUGAAAUAAUGUUGCCAGACAGGAAACUUAAAUGAUAACGGGGCUUUUUCAUGCUCCGGAUUCCCCUCUUCUUUUUUCCCCAAGGAUGUUCCUGGCUCAUCAGGGUCCAUGUCACCCACAGCCUCUGUAUUGACCACAUUUCUAUUGUAAAUCCAAUAGUUUCCAUGCUAUGCGUUGUAUUCACAUGACUCAAUUCCAACUGAUGUACGAGGACAUUCUAAGGUCCACAGACUCCUCCUUGCGUGUGUGCUAUAUGAUUAGAAGUUCUAAAUUUGCAUCCUUCUGUUUUCCAUUGUAAACAAAAAUUGGAUAGAUAUAGUAUAUCCAAUAGAUUUAUACCGACAGUAUAAGUCAUUAACUAGGUUAUACUUGUGACUAUUGCUCAUGUCUUUCUUUGUUGUCUGUUGACAGUUCUAACACGUAUGGUUUUUGGUCAACUUACUGUGCAACAAUCAGAAUAGUGAACUGUUUGGGGUUUGGAUAAAGUCAUGCUCACGGCAUACACCGUGUAUAUUGUUAGCGAGCGAAGGGAAGACCCAAAUGCAACAUUUCAUGAACAUUAUUCAAAUGUAAACAUUGCUUAAUGAAACGCUUUUUACUCUUCCUGUUCUCGCACACAAAGUUGGUCAAACCUUAUCUGUUGGGAGUGAAUGUUCCUUAAAAACUUGUGGCUCAGCAAAUUGCAUUCCUGGUCUUGCUGUAUAAGCGGUGUUCUUUCCCUAGCUUAUGAAACGUUAUUUAGCGACUGCAGUUGUGGAGCCUUAUCGUUACCCAUGAUUGUGUUUUAUUACAUCAAAUGGUGUUCCUGAGUAAAUUGGGAAAUGUAAAUGCUAACUUCAAACACAAAUAGUUUCUGCAAAGGGAAACUUCAGUACACAUGCAAUGGCAGCAAAUGCUGCCAUUCUGUCUGAUGCAUCUUUUUUCCAAUAGCACAUUAUUCAUUUUUAUUUUAUUUUCUUUUGCCAUGCAAUCUGCCUACAGGAAUUUCUCUUCAAACCGUGUAUAUAAUGAUAGUCAUAUGACUCAAAUCGGUUAUGACUUUUACUACUGGCUCAAAAGGUGUUUAUUAAGUCAAUGGACUCGCUUGUCAGUGAUACAGCUAGAGAAAAUCCUAUGGUGGUUACCAUUAAAAAAAAUCACUGUUAUUUCUCAUGUAUUCAUAUAUCUCAUAUAUCAGUGUUAAGCAAGUAUGCAAGGAUUUGGAAUGUGAUAUUGUACUCUGGGAGUGAGAUGGUGCAUCGUAUGUGCUUUUCUUUCCCCCCCCCCUCCGUCUACACAAACACACACACACACACACACACGCAAACACAAACACACACACACACACACACACCCAUCAACUUCCGCUGGCCCUUAUAGAGACACGUUCAAAGUCUUACAUGCACGCAUGUAUGCACCCACACACACAAACUCAUAUGCGUACGUACAUACAUAUACACACAUAAACACACACAUGCACACACACAGCUACAGGCAUAGGCCCUGCUGUCUGCUUGCAAAGGAUUUUGAGAUACAGUGAGGAGGGGGCUUUCUUUCUCACUGUGUGCUCCUUGUGUAAAGUCAUUUUCCACCCCCCCCUGUCUUUAUCCCCGUUCCUUAUGCUCCUUCAUUAUUUUUCGCCUCAUAACUAGCGAUCUGUUCUAUUCUUAUUUUCCAUCCUCCUGGCUUAAUAAUAAUUGUUUUAUUCAAAAGCUCAUUUUCUCAAACUUUUAUCCCCAACCCUGUCUGCUGCUUUGAACUCCAUCAUGUUUUGCAUACAAAAUAUUUAAUCUCAAUAGCUGGUCCUUUUUAAAUGCUACAAACCAUCAUUACUUAAUAUUAAUGUCUUUCUAUCGCUUGGUGUCUCCUCUCCUCCUCUCUCUCUCUCUCUCUCUCUCCCUCUCUCUUUCUCUCUCUCUGGGUAAUGUAUUGUAUAACUGUCUCCAUGCUAUAAUUUAUAACAAUGUAUUAGAAUAAUUUGACUUAUAUGAUGUAUUUUUAAAAAGCUGAGAUGUGGCGAUCUUUUGAGAAGGCUCUAUGUACGAUUCCGAUACUUCAAAUAAAAGCUGCUUCAUCUUG